AUGCUGAAGUACAAGACGUCAUGUACUGCCAGGAAAAAUGCCGUUGACUACUGGGACGCCAAGAUCACCCAUCAAGACGUCAGAGAUGAGAUUCAGCCUGGCCUGGUUCACACUUUGAAUACUAUGCGCACGGAAUUCGGCCGAGCAGAUACAUGGUUGGUGAACAACGGAAAUACGAACCAACACACGCAGGCUCGAUGGGACCAAUGGACCCGUGAUCUCUUGGACAAUAACACCCAACGGGUGCGAGACUUUAUCGACCAUUGGGCCAAUGAGAUGCUCAAAUAUUGGAAAGUUCGAACCGGUGCCAAAGCUAACCAAGUCCCCGAGAUUCUCGAGACUUUCAAAAGGCAGGCUAACUCUGCGAGAAUUAAUUACCACGGUCUUGAUUGA